AUGGCUGUCAUGAAGACGUUGAAGGACGACGAUGCUGAAGACAGAAAAAGCGAAGAAAGGGCAGAGGAGGAGGAGGAGGAGGAGGAAGGAGAGCUACGUUAUUUUCAUCUACAAGGUGACACUGGAGGUAGGCAUCUCGUCGAAGGUGAUGUCGAUCAUGAACUCAAUCGUGAACGACAUUUUUAUCCGAGUCGAGUAGGUUGGCACAUUAUAAAGGAGAUCGGCAGUCACGAGCAGAGAGUUAUAGGCUGCUGUGAGUCUGCUGCUGCUUCUGCCUGGUGA